ACAACGUCGUUAAUGUGUUUGAUGAAAAUAAUGCACAGAACGUGUUCAUGUAAAUCUAGCUAAAAUUAACAAAAGAAAUAUCAUGUGGAAUGAUGGACGCGGAUUGUGACUCUUCCAUAGAGAGAGUACUCUUUCGUGUUCGCCUGGAUGAAAACGGAAUAUUUAACGAACAUUUUGAGAAAGUUCUUAAGGACAAGGCAAAACUGCGGAGAGUACUACGUCCACCUUCAGAGAUAUAUAUGCAACGAAGAUUACCCGGUCCUACAGCAGCACAGAAAGUUAACUUCCGGUUGGCACCACUUCUUAAUGUACAGGAAGGCCACAUGAAACCCCUAAUCGCUGAUGCAAAUGCCUGGACUGCGACAGGAAAGUUUGGCAAACUUCCAAGUUUUCCAUACAGGGCAUCAACGCGUGAAACAUGGCUGAGACUUUUCUCUAAAUGGGACACGCUUGUUAGCCCUGCUUCUUCGUCAUCGAGCACUUCACCCAGAAUGCAUUCUGGUUUUGGGUCGUUUUCGACUAGUGACUCUUGUACACCACUUCCGGUUUUAAAAAGGCGUAUGCCAACUGAAACAUUUUUACCCCGCCGUCCUACUAUUGAACGUCCGAUCCCACUUACUGUUAAUGAUGAAUUAUUUGAGGCUAUUGUUAAAUCUUUUGAACUGAAAGCACUUCCUUUUAAGAAAACAACUGACUCAUACACAUUCUACAAAACUCACUUCCCGCUUCUUCUUACGAGGAUUACACAGUCUGAACGCGUUUCUUCUCCAAAACGGAGGUCAAUGAGUCCGGAUCCAAUGUGCGCAAUGAUAAACCAGGAGAGACUUAUGCACGAGCGAAUUGUGGAACUUGAGUUCAUGAUGGCCGUAAUGGAAAAAGAAACCGAUACGGAUUGCGAAUUUGUUACAGAGCUAAACAGUCCUGUAUUUGACCCAACCACGUGGCCUUGGACUAAGUUAGAUACGAAUGUACUGAGGCGCCGGUAUACCAUUGCAGCGUCUUUGAAGGAAGUGUAAUUUAUUCAUGAAUAUGAAAAUAAAAUUGUUCAAUUAUUA